CGCCAUAAACGCAGCAAGGGAUCUUACGUUGGGAAAGGCUCUGCGCAUGAAGAGAAACCAAGGCAGGAUCUGGAUAGUCUGUAAGCUUCUAAUGGCACAUGGUCUGAAAUCCUAGAACCGGACAAAAAUCACCAAAACCCAACCUGCCGCCCAUUCAUGUUCAAUUCAAAAGCUGAUUUUAAUCGCAGAACCUCCGGCUUACAUAACCGACUAUGUCAAAGGAUGAGGAAACUCCCAGCCCACCUCCAGAGUGGCUGGAAAACACUGUGAUGUAAACAUAUCGGAAAGCCUGGAGGAUACGGCCAUGAGAAGGAAUCUCUAGGAUACUGCUCUAAUACUUAACAUCCAUCCUAUCAAACCCCAGCCCAGCCCUUCAGAGCGCACAAGGCUCUUCUGCCCAAUUACAUGGAUAUACCGUGUGGAAAGACAGCACGAGCUAUCGUCUCCAACCCCGCCUCUCCGCUCGCCAUGAGGGAUUUGCUCUCCCCACCUGUUGCCUGAGGUCAACCCGACGCAACGCCACUCUGAUAAAUCUGGCUUAGCGGGCCACUUGAGUUUCAAUGCUCCACGCUGUAAGAUGAGGGCAUGGAAAGAGGUCGCCCUCACCUUUAUCCUAUUGGGUGCCUCGUUUUUCCUCUUGCUUAUGAGAACCACAUUACCCAACGGGCAUUCCUACCCAAAGACCUUAGGGCUUUCAUCAUCUUUACCUCCACCAGCCAUAACAUUCCAUUCUUCAUCAUCAUCAUCAAGCUCAGCGAGGAAGCCAGCACCACGACGGCCUGUCAGAGCUACUGAGGACAUGAGCUCUAUUCUCUCCGAGUUCUCCCUCCUCUUCCAAAGCUUCACUGAGGGUGAACUUCAGAAGAUGAUCGCAACCCUGGUGGACAGAAAGGAAAGAGGAAUGGGAACCGAGUCUGGCCGCAGGACCAAGCGAGCGAGGAAAGGCCCGAAGCCGUGUUCUCUUCACGAGAUUGAGCUGACCGUGAGUGAGUUGGGUCUCGGUUACGAGAGCGACGAGACCGUGCGCUUCAGGUACUGCAGCGGCAAGUGCACACACGAGCGACGCAACUACGACUUUGUGAUGGAGCACAUGCAGUUAAACAACGGCUCCAGCGAGAAAGGCCGUCGAGGACGGGACAAUGGAAAAAAAGACAAGGCGCGGUACACUCCUUGCUGUCGACCUAUAAAGUUUGAGAAGAAAAUGUCAUUCUUUGAUAACAAGGACAGAUUCUACACCAUUCAGAACGUAUCUGCGAGAGCGUGUGGUUGCGUAUGACAUUUCGGUAACUAUAAAAGUUCAGGAAGUGUGCUUGUACGUUACAAUGGCAACAGCGGAUAUUUAAGGUCUUGCGGCUGCGCAGAAUUCCUCUGUAACUAUUGGAGCCUCGGAAAAUGUUACCGCACAUGGAACCAAAACGAAGGGCAAAUUGCAGUUUUUACAAACACUAAAAGGGGUCUGGUAUGCCAACAUGGAACAAAUAAAAUCUACAGAAAGCAUGCCCUUUAAAACAGAAGACAGAAACAAGGCCUAAAGCCAUUGGUAACGGUGGAAAUCUAACAGUAAAUGUUAUUCAGUGGGCAUUGAUGAGCACCACAGCGCAUUGGACGCUGGUUUAAUACUAAACUAAAAUAUGGCAAAGUCACUUUUUAACCAACAACGGAUUAUUGGUUUAAUUUGAUGGGACCGAAAGCUGGCGGGGGACUUCUCUUGCCUUCCACUGGAAACUUUCACAAACAAGUACAGAUAAAAUAGUACUUAACCAAAGAUAGAAUUAUAUACGUAUAUAUACACACAUGUUAGAAAGCUACAGAGCUCCAUUUUGUAAUAAAUCCAAGCUGAAUACUGAAGUAUGAAGUGCAGCACAGCUGUAAAAACUACCUCAUUUCUUACUUUCCUAUUGUUUGCUUUCUUACAAAUGUACAUGCAAGGAAUCUAGCUCUACCGCACCCACUAUCUGGAUUACACUAGUGAGAAACAUGAAUCACAGGAUUUUUUCUAGAAGUGUCUCAGGAUAACUAUUUUAUAAAGCAAAGCAACCUUAUCACAUUAAGCAUACAUAACCACUGAAACAAUCCCUGAAAUGUGUUUUUAAAGUCUUGCCAAACAUGUCAAAACAAACGUUCCUUUCAAUUACUGUAAACCGCUUCUACUGUACCUACAUCUUUACGUGCACAACAGAAAAAUACACAACUUUAAACUCCAGUUAAACUGAGCUUCCUAAAACCCAGUUUUCCCAUUACCCCAAUCAUGCUUAUGUUUAAAAAAUCCAGAUUAAAAGCAAAAUCACACAUUUAUUAUCCUUUAAGUAAAAUCAUUUUAACCCCUUUUCCUUUUCUUUCAUUUUUAACAUAGACGUUUGUUAAUUGGCCUUUGUAGUCACUUAAGGUUUUUAAGAUCUUACAUUGUUCUUUAUAGAUGAAACUUGAGUUUUCAGUGUGUUGGUUUCUGGAAUUUUUAAGCACAUCAGGGGUAAAUCUCACAAAAGCGCCCGCAUUUUAGUUAUGUUAUUAUAAUUUAGAAAAACUAAAAUGAUUGAAACAUUUCUGUUUAUUGAAAUGAAAUAAAAUUUCGGCCCACAUAUUAUUAGAAAAACUUGAACUAAAGGAAAUGUUGCCUUAGCGAUAAACUGAACCAAGUUUAGGUUGAGCCACUAAAAGUAUUCACUGAAAAUAAAUACAAACUAAAAAAAAUGUAAUCUUUAUAGCAGCAUAAAAAUGAACAAAUAAAAAAUAGAAGUGCAAAAGAACAUAACAAAACUGCUAAAAACUCAAAUAUAAGACAAUUCAAAAUAUUAGUAAAACUACAGUAACUCAAUAGAACAAAGAUUUGUCAAGACAUCUUGCACCUCACUACUCUAAUGCAAAAGAAAAAAAACAUUCCUCGUCAGCUAACCAGUUAUCAUGCAGAUAACAUUGUAAUAAUCUAAAAAGAUUUUUAAAUCGACAGUAAACUGUUCAGACAUCCAGGAUUAAGUGUCAAUUUUAGCCCUUUUCAUUUUGGAAGCAUGUUGUUAAAAUGUAUCCCUGUGUUUAAAUUCCAGCUCAUUUCCUUUGGAUUUGUACACAACACACAGUCUUAACUGUACAAAGUGUUAAUUCCUGUCAGAAUCACGCAAUUCUUUCCAAGACAAACUCGUAUAGUCUGAGUUGAAUGAGCCAGAACGGUCAAUCUGAUUUUAAAUAUAAAUACGAUAGUUUAGAUAACCAUGCUGUUCAUUCUCAUAGAAAGGUCUAAUUGUAUAACUGAGGUACUUAAGAACAAAACUACAAAUGAGAUUAGAGUCAUGCCACUAUCCAUCGAGUCCUAAACACUAAUAGAAUUACUGUAAAAGCUAAAGAAGCAUACAGUCAUUUAACAUGGGUCAAUUCCAUUUCAGUUCAAUAGUACAUUAACAUAAUUUGGUUUGUCCUAAAUGCAUCUAAAUUGUAAAAUCGAUCAACCGAGUGACAAUGAAAUUGACCCAAUAUUAUCGCACUGUCAAGCGUAAACGAAUAAAUCUCGGCCUGUGGAAAUUCGAACUUGUAGACUAAGACUUCAAUCUGUCUUCAAUUUGUUUUUGGAAAUUUAAGGCACCUAGCCAACAGCGGAGCCCUAGUAAGUGUCUUAGCUUGCUAACUGGAUAUAGAACGUGAUCGCUCACUUCAAACAGACACAAUCAGUAUUGACAUAGCGCAAUAAAAUUGUGACAAGCCUUUUCGUUGAAGAACAAAAGCACUGAAAAAUAAAAGCGACUUAAGACAAGCAAUUAAAACACAUUUCGACACGCAGACAACGGUUCCAAAGUUUGUGUCCCCCUCCUGAAAUGUAAAAAUUAGACAUGGGGUUAAGUGACAAUUUUUUCUGAGGUGGUGUAAAGGACUUGUGUAAACAUAUAAGUAUUGCGUCAGUAUUAUGUGAAUGAAAGUUUGUGUGCAUGUGCGUGUGUGUGUUUCCCAUGUCAGCUUUUAACGGUCCGUGACGUCCAGCUUUGGCGAUGUUGGAUUUUUCACGCCAACAGCAGAAAUGUCGAUGCAAUGCAUCUGUGUUGUGGAUAAACGGUAUUUAUUGCAAAAUGCUCUUUUCAUUUAUAUUUAGAUAUUUCAGUUGCGAGGGAGACAGAAACUUAUUUAUUAUGUCACACUUGUGCCAAAUGGAAUUUCUAAAGUCUGAAUAAACAUA